AUGAUCACAAUCAGGGUUCCUUGUUCAUCAGCAAACAUUGGGCCUGGGUUUGAUGUCAUUGGCCUCGCUCUGUCAAUAUGGCUCGAGAUUCAGGUGACAGUCGAAUCCAAAUCAACAGAGGCACCACUAAACUGUGUGAUCACUUACGAAGGUGAAGGAGCGGACGAAGUACCAUUGAGUGCGGAUAGAAAUCUGAUCACCCGUACCGCUUUGUAUGUCUUACGGUGCCAUGGCCAGAGAGCUUUUCCGGCUGAGACAAGAGUACAUGUCAUCAAUCCGAUACCUUUAGGUCGCGGGUUGGGGUCCUCUGGAGCUGCGGUGGUUGCUGGGGUUGCACUGGGAAAUGAGGUUGGAAAACUUGGUUUAUCGAAAGCCCGGCUUCUCGACUAUUGUUUGAUGAUAGAGCGUCACCCCGACAAUGUAGCAGCUGCGCUCUACGGAGGAUUUGUCGGUACAUACCUCAACGAUCUCAGUAAGGAAGAUACCGAAAGAAAGGAAAUUCCGCUUAGUGAAGUUCUUCCAGCUCCAGCAGGAGGCGUCGAUACGGGAGAGACUCCUCCUGAGCCUCCAGUUGGUAUCGGCCAUUACAUGAAAUUCCCGUGGGCCAAGGAACUGAGAGCAAUUGCUAUUAUACCUGAUUUUGAAGUCGCCACAGCCGAAGCCAGAAGUGUUUUGCCAGAAUCCUACAGCAGGAAGGAUGUUGUAUUCAAUUUGCAAAGAAUAGCUCUGCUCCCACUUGCACUUGGAAGUUCGCCGCCAGAUGCCGAGCAAAUUUACCUAGCAAUGCAAGAUAAGGUUCAUCAACCAUAUCGAAAAGGUCUCAUUCCAGGGCUUCCAGAAAUUUUGCAAUCGGUCACUCCAAAAUCACAUCCAGGUCUUUGUGGCAUUUGCCUAUCGGGAGCAGGGCCUACGAUCUUGGCUCUUGCUACUCAGAACUUCGAUGGAAUAGCCAAAGUUAUCCUAGAUAUCUUUGCUAAGCAAAACAUCAAAUGCCAGUGGAAACUGCUGGAGCCGGCUCAAGAGGGUACGACUGUCACACACAGUUAG